AUGGAGCAGGCAUUCAGAGAUGGCCAAGGAGACUACGUUCACUUGCAAGGUCCAGCAGCCCAGCUACUGGAGCACGACGGUGUAGGCGUCGUGGUGGCGUCGCUGGGUGAAACUCUAGGACCCAUCGCUUUCAGCUCGCUUUGCGCUCGUCGAAGCUGGCUGAGCUCGGAUAUGGCCAAAGCCUUUCUCAGGGCUUACCGUGAAGGUUGCCGGGAAACAGCGGGAAUAUCACCUGAGAAUGUGGCAAAGGUGGUCCAGCCAUUUUUCGACGAUAUCGACUGGAACGUGUUGGUGUCGACAAUCUCGACCUACCAGCAGUUGGAUCAGAUGCAGACAUUGGGCUGUGCCACGACAUUUUUGGACCAUGAAACCGACUUGCCGGUACAGGUGCUUGAGGCACGUUGCGCUCCGCACCUGCAACACCUGGAUGUGCAACUUCCGGAGCAAGAUCCCAACGAUCUUGAAAACCACCUCCUCCAGGUGUGUCUGACUGUUUUCCAGCUUCUGCGCAGCACCUUCGGGGAUACCGCGGUGCAAGUGCUGGAUGGCUUCGUCUCUCGCACAGGCCGCAAGAUGGCGAACGAGAUGUUGCAGCGCGCGAUAUCUCAAUCGUCUUUUUGUCCUCCCUCGAACUAUUCAUCCGGGGAGAUAGGUGCCAUCGCCGCGCCUGCCGGCUUCGGAUCUGGUGUGUUUCUCUCGGUGACAGUGGUUUUGUUUAUGGCUCCUUUGCUGCCUUUCUGCGCCUGCUGGCUGACGUCGCAUGAGAACCUUGAAGGCUCCGCCGAGAGCCUCAGAAGGCCGAUGGAAGCUUCGCCAGAGCUCGACCUACAGGACUCUGCUCAAACACCUGAGCAGUGCUCAAGCUUCGGCACAGGCUGUGAAAGGCUCAGCCGAGGUUUGGGAUGGCAGCCUGGUGUGUCACCGUCCCUUCGGUGGGGCAUUCUAUCAGGCAUCGCUGGUACAACUCUCCUCUUUGUGUACGCGUCUGUGACGCCAGGAAUACUACUGUCAGGCAGCUUCACGGCAUCUGGUGGUUCAUCCGACACCCGGCACAUGGCGUCCCUCUCCAUGGACAACAGCUUGGUGCAGACUUGGAGUGUGGGGUCGUACUUCGUGUUCUGCGCGAUGUUGAUCUUCAGUGUGGUCUGGCCGUACAUCAAGCUCUUGAUGAUGCUGUAUGUCUGGGUGAGACCCAUUGAGCCGAAAGCGCUCGGUCCUAUGCUGGUCUUCUUGGACCAGAUAGGGAAGUGGUCGCUUAUGGACAACAUCAUCUUGUUCCUCUUUGUCGUCUUCUUCCACAUUGCCUGGACGGGUGAGGAUCUUGUGGGAGGUGGGUUGGCCAAGUUCGGCUUGAAGUGCAGCCCGGAAGAUGAGCUCAACACCUUCCUUGCGGCCACCAUCCUGUCCCUACUUCUGGGCCAUGCCAUGCUCUGGAUACACCGGGCCAAUGAGAAGACUACCCGAGGCCCAGAGGAAGCACUGGUUCAGUCCGGCCAGCCGGCUCGGCGCUUGCGGAUAAUAGGUGCGGGCCAUGUGGUGUGCUUUCUGCUCAUGGUUCUCUCCUGGCAGGUGGAAAUUGUUGAAGUCACCUUCAGUGGCCUCGUCGGAACAUUUUUGGAGGUGACGCAGCAAGAAACCUCCAAGAGAUACAGCAUUCUCGGGAUCCUGUCCUGUUUGGGAGCGCAGGGCUCGAUGUACCUGCAGGUGACUUUUGCAGUUUUCGUGCUAGCCAUCCCUAUGCUUCAGCUGCUGGCAAUGACAUUUUUCUGCCUACAUCAGCUGCGCCCAAAGCGUCGGCAGCAGUUUCUUCGUUUAUGCUAUACCUUGCGAGCCUGGGCUGCUUAUGACGUCUUCCUCAUUGCCUUCCUUGCCGCAGUUCUGGGCGGCGACAGGUAUGGCAUCGGCCAGUUUAUCGAGUUGAUCGUUUACAAGCAAAACCUGGCACCCACGUGCCGUGGCCUGCGGGACGUCGGCGUCGAGUGCCUACAUAUACACCUUGGCUUCCUGCCUGGCACAAUUAUCAUCGUUGCUGCCGUUGCACUCUCCUACGUUGUGAACUUGCUGGUGGCGAGAGAGACGAGUCCCGGAUGA